UUUUUGGGGGCGUGAAAUCCAUUUGAAUAAGACAUAACAAUUUCGCGUCUUGUGGGAGGCGGAUUGGAUGGUUUCGAUCGGUUUUCUGUAAUACUCCGACGAAUUUAACUGAAUUUUUUUUAUUUAAAGUGUACCGACAAUAUAAAAAAAUACGCUUUAAUCUUUAUUUAGUAGUCAUUAUUUUAAUAAUAUUGUUAGUUUCUAAAGUGAUUGAAAUAACAUAUAGUGUGUCUAAUAUCAUAUGUUUGAUUACAAUUAAAAAUCGUGUUUUAAAAACAUAACUUAUAUGUGUUCUAAUCGAAAUUUAUAAAAUUUAAAAAUAUAUUUUAAUUUAUAUUAAUCAUGGCAACAAAUCUUGUUAAUUUAUUUAUUUUAAAAAAGCAAAUUUGGCUAUUUUUAUUUAUGUUAAGUCAAGUCAGCAGUGGACAUGAGAAUGAUAUGCACACUAUACAAUACACUAAAGAAACUUUUUUGGAUGAAAUUAAAAAAAAAAAUAGCUUUGUGAUGUUUUAUGCACCUUGGUGUGGUCACUGUCAAAGAUUAGGGCCGACAUGGACACAAUUAGCUGAGGUGUUUAAUGAAGAAGAUAGGAACAUUAAAAUAGCAAAAGUUGAUUGUACUGUUGACAGUACCCUUUGUAGUGAACAUGAUGUUACUGGAUAUCCAACACUUAAGUUCUUCAAAGCAGGAGAGUCUAAAGGUAUUAAGUUUAGAGGAACGCGUGAUCUACCUUCAUUACUUACUUUUAUCGGUGACCAAUUGGGUACUAUAUCAACGGAAGAAGAUGAUGCGCCAUCUCCUCCAGAACCAGUGAAUGGUUUGUUAGAAUUAACAGAAGAGUCAUUUGAUUUUCAUAUUGGGAAAGGUUAUCAUUUUGUUAAAUUUUAUGCUCCUUGGUGCGGCCAUUGCCAAAAAUUGGCCCCAACAUGGGAAGAAUUAGCUAACAGUCUUCGUAACGACGAUUCUGUUAGUAUUUCUAAAGUUGAUUGUACUUUACACAGAAGUGUAUGCGAGGAAUUUGAAAUAAAAGGAUAUCCAACUUUACUUUGGAUAGAAGAUGGAAAGAAGGUGGAUAAAUAUACCGGUCAAAGAACUCAUGAAGAUUUGAAGAAUUAUGUGUCAACGAUGCUUGAAAAAAGUGCAGAAGAGUCUACAAACAAAGAUGAAAGCUCGGAUAGUACCAUUCAUACUGUAUUAAGUUUAACCGGUGAUAGCUUCAAACAUAGUGUUGAAAAAGGUGUUUCAUUUGUGAAGUUUUUUGCACCUUGGUGCGGACAUUGCAAACGUCUGGCACCGACUUGGGAAGAGCUUGGUAGAAAAUUUUUUGCUAAUGAAGAUGUUCAUAUAGCUAAAGUGGAUUGUACACUUAAUACCUGCAAGCAGUUAUGUUACGAGGAAGAAGUAGAUAGUUUUCCAACAUUGUACUUAUAUAGAAAUGGUCGUAAAGUUUCCGAAUAUAAUGGAUCCCGUAAUCUUGACGAUCUUUAUGGAUUUGUCAUGAAUCAUUUACGAUCUCACGAUGAACUGUAAUCACACAUACUUUGUUAUUAUUGUCGUCUUUAACAUUAUAGGAAAUAUCGUUAAGAAAUGUGUAUUACAAAGAUUUAUGAUCAAAGCUUGGGGAUUUGUAUAUCUUAUGAACAUAUACUAUUGCAUUUCGAUCAAAGCAUACAUGAACACACGUAGGAUAUUUCUUAUAAUCUAUUCUAUAAAUUAUUAUUGCAAUUUAAAUAAUGAAGUAACGUAAUUUGUUUUUAAUUUACGGAUGCGCUAUAAUUAUAUUAAAUGCGUGUGCAUAGAUCAAUUUAAAAUCCUGAAAGUGUAGUGGCAGAAGGGUAAAACGAACGAAGUAAUUGUCCACGUUGUCUGUCUAUAUAUAAAGUUUUUCGCUUAACUAUUAUU